AUGGCUGACAGCUCCUCGGAUCCACACCGGCAGAGUCUGUAUUUAAAAAACAGCCAAAAAGAGAUUCAGUGCUGGGGGAUUUGGACACUGAGCCGCACUCAGGAUAACUGUUCAGACCCACAGCGUACAGAUCGUGUUACCGAGGGGAUCGCCGAGGAAGGCUUGGACCAAGUGAAGUGGUUUUUAAAAGGUUGUGUCAGGGAAGGAUUGUGUCCCAGAGUGAUGGGGCUGCGAGGGAAGGUGCAGGGUGCUGCGGAACAAGAGAGCAGCUGGUCUUUGAUAGUGCAGGGACUGAGAGAACCACCUGCUUCAAAUGAGUUGUGGUCAGAACCUGAGCUGGUGGUAAGGAGGCAGGAAGCUUUGGCAGCAGCUCGUCUCAGGAUGCAAGAGGAGUUGAAUGCACAAGCAGAAAGAUACAAGGAAAAACAAAGACGGCUUGAAGAAGAGAAACGAAGGCAGAAGAUAGCAAUGUGGGAAAGUAUGCAAGAAGGAAAAAGCUAUAAAGGAAACCUGAAACUGAAUCAGCAAGAAGUAGAAUCUGGUGCCUCCACCUCAUCAGCAGUCCCGAAAUCUAAACAAAACAAAAAGCCCUUGCGAGGAGGUGGCUAUAAUCCCCUGUCUGGAGAAGGAGGCGGAACCUGUUCCUGGAGACCAGGCCGGAGAGGCCCGUCAGCAGGUGGAUGA